AUGAAUGAUGGUUCAUUAAUGUAACAAUACCAAUUGUAUUUUCAGCCCAAUUCACAAUUUUUUAUGCUGUAUGAUAAAGAGGGGAAAGCUUAUAUAGCCUAAAGUGGCAAUGAUAGAAAUUCAUUCUUAAUGAUCCUUGAUUUCAAUUAUCUAUAAUAGCAAAUCUACUAGAAAUAAAUUAUGAAUAAAGAAGGAUAAGUAGCUCCUUUUAGAAUGGCUAUUAUUAGAUUUAAAAGAACUGACUUAUCAGACAUAAAGGUAUUUUAAUAGACUAAUUUGGGCUAAAUCUAUGAGAAUAAUAUUCCUUUGAUUCUACACUCUUUGAGCGCUACCUCUAAAUAUUGUAUUGGCUUGGCUAUUUAUUCUGGCUAUUAAAACAAGAGGAUUGUUGGUCUUUCAGUACUGAAUUUGACAACAGACACAUUCACCAUCUAUUAUUAGAGUUCAUUUAAGUACUAAGAAAUCUUCCCUUUGUAGUCAAUUGUAAUUAACUCAACUGCAAGAUUUUUUAUAUCAAUAGUCCAACCAAGAUGA